AUGGGCUGUUUUCCUAGUAGGCCGUCCGAUGACGAUGCAGACAGCGAGAUAGAUCUCGAUCUUGACAGCACUCCACUGCUUCGUGAUAAUUCAGAAUUAACAAACAAUCACAAUAAUGGAAAUGUCCCAGCGUCAAAACACGAAGAUCAAAACAUGGGAACGGAUAACCGAUUGGAAACACUUUUGUUGAAACUUGAACACGCGAGGAGCUUGAAAGAUAAACUAUAUGGACUGAACUCCAAGGCAGAACUUGAAAGUUGCCAAUCAAAAGUUGUUGGUAUUCUAAAUGCAGCUACUAUUGAAAUGAGUCGGCUGAUUAGAGAAAACAAACAUCACGACGCGGAAAAAGUUGUAAAAAGCAUCUUGUUGUUAAAAACUACGCUCGGAGACGAUUUUUUCGAAGCUGCAAGGAUCAAUGCUUUUGGCAGAGAAAUCACUGAUAUUGGAUCUUGCCUGCUUACGGGAGGACAAUACUUCAAGCCAGUUAUGUUCCACGAGGAUGACGAUAGCAUUGUUAAACUUUACUUCUUCGUAAUUUCUGAAGUGGACUCAUCAAACGUUUUGUUUCGAUAUUAUCUGGAGCAUGCUAGUUUUCUAGACGAUUACUUCGCCCUGGGCUUAGUGACACCGCAAGGACAUACUCAAGUUGAGAUUUACGGAAGUGCUUGUCCUCCUUACUGGAGAAUACGACAAGAUGUGAUUAACAAUGCCACAGCCCGGCUCGCUCGUUUGCACGAUUCUGAUGAAUUUGAAUUUUCAGAUGAGUUGUCGGAUUAG